CGAACAGCUAACAGCAACACCCCACCAUCAUCAAUGUCGAACAAGCUAACAGCAACUGCCACCCACCGCCACCAUAAAUGAGUCAUGGAAGCGAGCAAGGUAGGUAUAUUCGAAGAGUCUUCAAAUCAAACCAAACUCCGCAAGCUUUGAGCUCCUCCGAUCCAUCUCCUCUGAAAUCUCAUUUCUCCGUGAUCUUCCAGGUAUCGUUUGAUAUUCUAUUAGCCAACAUUUCAUGGAUAGAGAUUCAGGAGAACAACUAAGGAGAGAGAUGGUAAUGGCAUCAGAAAGGGAGAAUUUUGAGCUUUCAGGACCAUUGCACCUAUCUAGUAUGGACUGGAAGAGUACAGAUUAUCGAAGAUCUGUUGCAGCUUGUUUGGUACAGGGUGUCUACAUUCUGGAACGCGAUCGCCAGGAAAAGCGGCAGGGAAGUGAAGCACUUGCUCCUCCAUGGUGGAAUUUCUUCCAUUUUCAAUUACGCACUCCGCUUGUUGAUGAGGCUGAUUCAUCUACCUUUGGUGCCAUCUAUGAAUUGAAACACCCAAUGCCUCAUGAUAAAAGUUCAGUUAAUGACAGCCCACGUUAUGUUAUUGCUUUUCGAGGUACAUUAACCAAGGGUGAUGCAUUCUCCCGGGACCUCCAAUUGAAUGUCCACUUAGUCCGGAAUGACCUCCACCAGACGUCUCGAUUUGAAAUAGCCAUUCAAGCUGUUCGGAGCAUUGUUGCAACAUAUGGAAGUUCAAAUAUUUGGCUAGCUGGGCACUCUCUGGGAUCUGCCUUGGCAUUGCUUGUUGGAAAGAGUAUGGCAAAAACAGGAGUCUUACUUGAAGCUUUUCUGUUUAAUCCACCAUUUGUUUCAGCUCCAAUUGAGAGAAUAAAGGACAAAAAAGUCAAACAUGGGCUUCGAAUUGCAAGUAGUGUCGUAACCGCUGGACUUGCUUUUGCUAUGAAAAAUAGCCACCGGAAGAAUCAAACAGGAGAUACAUUUGUUGCAUUGUCAGAAUGGAUGCCAUGCCUAUUUGUUAAUCCAGCGGAUCACGUAUGCUCUGAGUAUAUUGGGUAUUUUGAACACAGGAAAAACAUGGACGAGAUUGGUGUUGGACUAAUUGAGAAAUUGGCAACCCAGCACUCACUUGGGGGUCUCGUUAUGACCGCAAUGGGCAAGGAGGCAGAAGAGCCCCUACACCUUAUUCCUACUGCGAAAUUAACAGUUAAUUUAUCUCCCUCGCAAGAAUUCAAAGAAGCCCACGGAAUACACCAAUGGUGGAGGUCUGAUCUGCUCUUAGAAUUGAAAACUUACAAGUACUGAUGGUUGUUAUGUUGUACAGGAUCGAUGCUAAAAUGAUUAUGGGUGUAGUCCGCUGGAGUUUAUUGUGGAAUUAUGAGGUGAGAUGGAUCAAGCGUGAUCUUCAUUUUCACUAUUCUGAGCUUUUUAUGCAACCUGACGUGCAGUAUUUGAAACUCGAAGCACUCAGUAGUAAGCACAUAUGCACAGUUUGAUCAGGUUUGUCAGUACAAGCAUUCUGCAGAAAACCCAGAAAUCCACUCAUACCUGAAAUUUUAGGUUGGCUUCAAUGAUUGUUGAUGGAGUUUGUGAUACUUUUUGGGCUGGUUGGAUUUUUGGUUUGUUGAAAAAUUCGGCUCAUGUUCAAGUUUGACUCUUUUGGCUUGUGUAGUAUAUGCUAAUGUACAGCUUCAACCAUGGCAAUUACGCCAGACAGCUACCACUUAAAAUGGAAAUGGACGACCUGAAGAGCCCGGGAGCUGCUUUGGCUAAUCAGUGCUAAUCUUAACUAUACGUCCUCGAGUUUGAUGUCUUGAAUCUUGAGGAUGCUAUUAAGCGCUAGUGGGACAGAGAUGAAAUUUGACGUAUGAAAAGUGAAUUUCUGUUAAAUUCUUAGCUGCCUGCCUUAUUCAUUUUUUAGGUCCCAAGGAGCAAAGCACGGGAACAUUCAAAAGAAACGGUAGUAUUCUUCUUGUGCCAUUUGUGUUGUGGUUUCUUCCAAGUUCAGAUUUACAGUAAGGCUCUUUUCUCUGCCAUGAAUAUGAUAAAGCUCUUUCUUUUCUGCUCAA